GUCUCCCCUCUGCUCAACGCAUCCUUCACGGCGACAGAUCCUCGCAGAACCAAGACAAGGCUCGCACAGGCUAAAAUUCAAUCAAAAUGGCUGCGGCAACCUCGAUGGCAGCUGCCCUUGCAGCCUCUCUCCCCGCGCCGGUUGCAGCACCUACACCUGCUGCCCCCACAUAUGAAGCCAUCCCGGCCUCCAUGUCCAAGGCAAUUGACAUUGAGGCAGAAAUCUCGCUGACUUGCGUGCAGCUCGACGGUAUGGUGGUGACGAAGAUCAUCAAGCACUCCCGAGAGGCGCACGGCCCCGCCGCUCACGGACUCGUGCUUGGUCUCGACCUCGACGGGACGCUGGAGGUGUCCAACUCUUUCCCCCUCCCAUCCGAUGAGGACGAUAAGUCCCCCAAAGGCGUUGCCCGGUUCCAGGCGGCGAUGCUGCGCUCGCUGAAGGAGGUUCAGGCAGAUGACAGCGUCGUGGGAUUCUACCAGGCCAUGACGCUUGGGUCGUUCUUCAAUCAAACGCUCGUCGACACGCAGGCUAUUCAUCAGGAAAAACUUAGACAUGGGGGUAUCGUAAUUGUGCACGACAUGUCGCAGACUGCGCGAGGGAACGCUUCAUUCCGGGCGUUCCGGCUUACAAAAGCGUUCUUGGACGCGUACAAGAGAAACAAUUUCAGCACGGCGAGCCUCAUCAGCCACCGGCUUACGUUUUCCUCUAUCCUGGAGGAAAUCCCCCUCAAGAUCCGGACGAACGCGCUGCUGAGUGCAUUCCUGGGGACGCUGACAGAGAGCGCGCCAUUGUCAGGACCUGAUGUUAACCCGUCAUCGGCGACGUCAUCAACGACGCUGCCGCCCUCGUUCGCGACGCUAAAUCUGGGGACGUCAAGCGUGUCGCGGAACCUCGAGCACAUUAUCGAGGCGCUCGACAACUACAAGACCGAGGAAGGCAACCUGGCUUACCUGCAGCGACAGAUUGCGCGCGAGAAGGCGCGGGCAGACACGUAUGUGUCGAAGCGGAAGGAGGAGAACGCCGCGCGUGUGGCGCAGGGCCUCGCGCCGCUGCCCGAAGAGGACGUGAACAGACUAUUCAAGAUACCGCCGGAGCCGAGUCGGCUGGAGAGCGUGCUGCUGCUGGGGAAGAUUGAUGCGUACGCGAAGAGCCUAGCGGAGACGUCUAGUACAGGGCUGGUGAAGAUGCACGCGGCAAAGGCUAACCCGGGGGUGUGAUGCGUGUGUAAUUGCUGUACAUUAUGAUGAAAUGGGAGUGUGAUUCGGUG